AAAUGGCAAAGCGAAGUGGGCUAAUGCAAUCCAAGUAGAAACCGGAAAUACAGUUUACAAUCUCCCUCCCUUCAACCCUGUAAAACCCUACAGCUUACUGCUACUGCAUGAGCUGCUGCUUCAAGGCAGUGUUUUCGAAUCUGUCACUGGAAGUAUCCAAGUAUGUUCGACGAAAGCAAGUUUGAUGUUCAUCUGAAACUGUGGGCACUAAGAAUCCCUCGAGAGCUCUGCAAGAUUGCCACUCGUUUACUAAAUGGAUACUUGCUAGACAAGGCGCGUGUUAAACCUAUUACUGAAGAUCCAACAAGUGAAAAGAACCGUUAUAUGAUAUUAUCUGAAAAGGUUCAAAAUCCUGAUCUAUCAGAUAUUCCAGAUGAAAAACUAGAAGAACUUAAGAAAUUAUGCAAGAUUGAAAUAGUUCCCUAUUCAUUGACACUUGGAUAUUCUUACUGGACUGCAGAUCACAUAUUGAAGCAGAUUCUGCCUCCUGGAGCAGAGGUGCCUUCAUCUUUUGAAACAGUAGUCAUAUUGCCCAUCUAAACGUUCAUGAUGACUUACUUCCAUUCAAGGAUGUGAUUGCAAAGGUCAUUUAUGAUAAUAUAAAAGCAUUGUUGCUAUUAAAAUAUCAUUAUAAACACUUUAUUUCCAAUCUUCCUGCACCAAUGGUCCUUUUAAUUCACAUCCUGACAGAAAAAUUAUCCAAGAAUCAGAACUGUUGUUAACAAAGUUGGAACAAUUACAAAUGAGUUCCGAGUCCCAAAAUUUGAAAUUUUGGCAGGAGAAAAUGAUAUGGUGACAGAAGUGAAACAGUAUGGAGCAACAUUCAAGCUAGAUUACAGCUUGGUCUAUUGGAAUUCAAGAUUGGAACAUGAACACAUAAGGCUUGUAUCCUUAUUCCAGCCAGGGGAGACCAUCUGUGACAUGUUUGCUGGUAUUGGACCUUUUGCCAUCCCAGCAGCACAGAAAGGAUGCUUUGUAUAUGCAAAUGAUUUAAAUCCAGAUAGCGUUCGUUAUUUGAAAAUCAAUGCAAAAAUCAACAAGGUUGAUGACCGUGUCUAUGCAUAUAAUAUGGAUGCUAGGAAAUUUGUUUCUCAAUUGAUGGCAGCACCACUUUCUGAAAAUGAUUCAGAAUCAAAGGUUUCAACAAAUGCCUAUGAUAGCUGCAGCACAGAGACUGUUGAAGAAACAAAGGCGAAUGAGUCAGGGCAGGCUGUUGAGACAAAAGAAAUGACUGGUAAUGAUGGUGAAGUUGAAAUGGAGGGUAUGCAGAAUUCUAAUAGGAGCCUGAAUGCAUCUACAGUGAUAAUAAAGAGAUCUUCAGAUAGUCUCAAGGAAGGAGAAAUUGGAAAUGCUGUCAAGAGUGGUAGGAGAAAAGGAAGCACUAAUAAGAGGAUUAGAGCCUCUGUAAUCCCUAAAGCUAAGACCUGGGAGCAUGUUGAUCAUGUGAUAAUGAACCUUCCGGCUUCUGCCCUACAAUUUUUAGAUGCAUUUAGGUGUCUAAUCUUGAAGAAACAUUGGAAGGGACCUCUCCCAUGGAUUCACUGUUAUUGCUUCAUGCGAGCAAAUGAAACUGAAGAAUUCAUAAUUUCAGAAGCAGAGUCUGCCUUAAAUGCGCACGUACAAGAUCCAUUAUUUCAUAGGGUUAGGGAUGUUGCUCCCAACAAGGCUAUGUUUUGCUUAAGCUUUAGGUUACCAGAAGAAUGCUUCAAUGAAGAUGCUGGUGAGAGAUUUACAUCUGUAACACCAUAACAGUUUGACUGUACUGGAUUCUGAGCAUUAACUUAAAGGAACUUUGCCCCCUUCUUUUUCAUAUCUGGCUGUUCAAGCUGUCCUGGAUAUUUGGAUCUCUACACCCCAAUGUCAACUUCUCAACAAUGAUGAUUGGUUUUUGCUCUCCCCCACAACCCCCUUUUUUUUUCCUAAAAAAUAAGGGAUGUUUUAACUUGAAAUUGUUUUAUGAGUACAUUGGUAAAGUUUAUUUUUAUUCGUCACUGAAUUUUUGAUAAAGUACAGCUGGCAAU